AUGAACCGGUACAGCCGGCUCAUCACCCAGCGCAAGGACCAGGGCGCGAGUCAGGCCAUGUUGUACGCCACGGAUGGUGUGGACACGGAGUCUGACUUCGAGAAGGCGAUGGUCGGUGUCGCGAGCGUAUGGUAUGAGGGCAACCCAUGUAACAAGCACAUUCUGGGGCUUGGUCAAGAUGUCAAGCGUUCGCUAACGGAGGCUGGCAUCAUUGGCUACCAGUUCGGCACUGUCGGCGUCAGUGACGGUAUUAGCAUGGGUACCAAGGGCAUGUCGUACUCCCUGCAGUCUCGCGACCUCAUUGCGGACGCUGUGGAGACGGCUGCGGGAGGACACCACCUCGACGGCAUGGUCGUCGUCCCGGGAUGCGACAAGAACAUGCCUGGUGUCUUGAUAGCUCUCGGCAGGUUAAACCGCCCAGGUAUCAUGGUAUACGGUGGUACCAUCCGCCCGGGCGCGUGUGAAGGUUCCCCCAAGCUCGACUUCGUGUCCGCGAUCGAGGCGUAUGGCAAGUACAUCAAGGACGGCCAAACACCAGAGGCGGACAAGGAACGUGCGAAGAUCAUCAGGCACGCAUGUCCUGGUCCGGGUGCUUGCGGUGGCAUGUACACCGCAAAUACCAUGGCCAGCGCCGCCGAAGCCAUGGGCAUGACCCUCCCCGGCUCCUCCUCCUACCCCGCUACCUCCGCCGAGAAGGCCGAGGAGUGCGCCUCCGUCGGCGCCGCCAUGCGCGAGCUCCUCGAGCGCGACAUCAAGCCACGCGACAUCCUUACCCGCAGCGCCAUCGAGAACGCGAUCACGCUCGCCAUUGUCCUCGGCGGCUCCACCAACGUCGUCCUCCACCUCCUCGCCAUCGCGCACGCCUACGGCAUCGAGCUCUCGCUCGAGGACUUCCAGAACGUGUCCGACCGCACACCCUUCCUCGCAGACAUCAAGCCGAGUGGGAAGUAUGUGAUGGAGGACGUGUAUAGGAUUGGCGGGAUUCCGAAGAUCUUGCAUUUCUUGCUGAAGCAGAACAUGAUCGACGGGAACAACAUGACGGUGACGGGUCGUACGCUUGGGGAGAACUUGGAGCGCUGGGUGCACAAGCACGGCGAGCUCGACUUCACGAGCCAGGAUGUUAUCCACCCGCUCAACAAGCCGAUCAAGGAAACCGGGCACUUGAGAAUACUUCGCGGUAACCUCGCACCUGGCGGCGCUGUGGCCAAGAUCACCGGCAAGGAGGGUCUCCGCUUCACCGGCAAGGCCCGCGCCUUCGACCGCGAAGAGGACUUCGUGCACGCCGUCGAGUCCGGCUCGAUCAAGAAGGGCGAGAAGACGGUCGUCAUCCUGCGCUACCUCGGCCCCCAGGGCGGCCCCGGCAUGCCCGAAAUGCUCAAGCCCACCUCCCUCAUCAUGGGCGCCGGCCUCGGCCUCGACGUCGCCUGCCUCACCGACGGCCGCUUCAGCGGCGGCUCGCACGGCUUCGUCAUCGGGCACGUCGUCCCCGAGGCGCAGGUCGGUGGCCCUAUCGCGCUCGUGCGCGACGGGGACGUCAUCUCCAUCGAUGCUGUGAAGAACACGCUCGAGCUGGAGGUGUCGGACGAGGAGCUGGCCAAGCGCCGCGAGACGUGGAAGGCGCCGCCCCUGAAGGUCACGCAGGGUACGCUGUACAAGUACACGAAGACGGUGACGGACGCGAGCAAGGGGUGCAUUACGGAUGCGUGA